AUGUCACAGGAAGAAGUAGAUUUAUUAUCUCUAGCACCUGAGAAUGAGGCAAGACUCAAUGAGCGGGAACAUUUACAUUAUUCUGUUACAGUGCAAGAAUCCUAUCCCCAUCCUUUUGAUCAGAUUUACUACACCAGCUGUACAGACAUACUGAACUGGUUUAAGUGUACACGACACAGAAUCAGCUAUCGAACUGCUUAUAGGCAUGGAGAAAAGACCAUGUAUAGACGGAAAUCUCAGUGUUGCCCUGGAUUUUAUGAAAGCAGGGAAAUGUGCAUUCCUCACUGUACUGAUAAAUGCAUUCAUGGCCGUUGCAUUGCUCCAAACACCUGUCAGUGUGAGCCUGGCUGGGGUGGACCCAACUGUUCAAGUGGAAGACCAGCAUGCUGUCAAGAUGAAUGUCCAAUUGGAACUUUUGGAAUACAGUGUGCAGAGAUCUGCCAAUGCAUGCAUGGUGGAAAAUGCUAUCAUAUUAGCGGAGAAUGUCUUUGUGAGCCAGGCUAUACCGGAGUACACUGUGAAACAAGGCAAUGUGCUGAAAUAGUCUAUGGUCUUAAAUGCGACAAAAGGUGUCCCUGUCAUUUGCCAAAUACUUACAGGCAGCAGGAUCUUCUCCGAGAACUCUUACUUUUGAGUUAUGCGCUCAACAGUUGGCAAUUAUUUUCAGAGUUUGCUUUAGAAAAACAGAUAUUUGCCUAUUGUUUUAGUGGUUCUGAUUGUUCUAUUCCUUGUCCUGUUGGAACAUAUGGAAUAAACUGUUCAUCUAUAUGUAACUGCAAAAAUGAGGCUCUUUGUUCCCCAGUGGAUGGUUCUUGUGUCUGCAAAGUUGGUUGGCAUGGAGUGGACUGCUCUAUAAAUUGUCCUAGUGGGAGAUGGGGUCUUGGCUGUAAUUUAACAUGUCAGUGCCUUAAUGGAGGAGCAUGUAAUAUUCUGGAUGGAACCUGCACAUGUGCUCCAGGUUGGAGAGGAGAAAAAUGUGAAUACCCCUGUCAGGAUGGCAUGUAUGGCCUGGACUGUUCAGAGCGCUGUGAUUGUAGUCAUGCAGAUGGAUGUCAUCCAGUAACAGGUUAUUGCCGUUGCCUCCCAGGAUGGUCAGGUAUACAUUGUGACAGUGUAUGCGCUGAAGGACUUUGGGGUCCAAACUGUUCAUUGUCCUGUUACUGUAAAAAUGGAGCGUCAUGUUCUCCAGAUGAAGGAAUCUGUGAGUGUGCACCUGGUUACAGGGGUGCUACUUGUCAAAGAAUUUGUUCUCCUGGAUUUUAUGGACAUCGCUGUAACCAGGCCUGCCCCCACUGUGUUCACAGCAGUGGCCCAUGCCAUCAUGUGACAGGACUAUGUGACUGUUUACCUGGUUUCACUGGAGCUCUCUGUAAUGAAGUUUGUCCCAGCGGAAGAUUUGGAAAGAACUGUGCAGGGGUUUGCACAUGCACAAAUAAUGGAACUUGUAAUCCAAUUGACAAGUCUUGUCAAUGUUAUCCUGGCUGGAUUGGUAGUGAUUGCUCCCAGCGAUGUCCGCUGGGUUUUUUUGGGAUAGACUGUGCUUCAAUAUGCCAGUGUGAGAAUGGAGCUGACUGUGAUCACAUAUCAGGCCAAUGUACAUGUCGCACAGGAUUCAUGGGGAAAUACUGUGAACAGAAAUGUCCCCCGGGUACUUAUGGUUAUGGUUGUCGGCAAAUAUGUGAUUGCCUGAACAACGCAACUUGUGAUCAUAUCACUGGAACCUGUUACUGUAGCCCUGGCUGGAAAGGAGCAAGAUGUGACCAAGCAGGGGUGAUCAUUGUAGGAAACCUGAACAGUUUAAGCCGUACUAGCGCUGCCAUCCCAUCUGAUUCUUACCAAAUUGGAGCCAUUGCUGGAAUCAUAAUUCUUGUCCUUGUUGUUCUUUUUCUGCUUGCAUUGUUCAUUAUUUAUAGACAAAAGCAGAAAGGGAAAGAAACAAAUAUGCCAGCAGUUACCUAUACACCUGCCAUGAGAGUUAUCAAUGCAGAUUAUACAAUUUCAGAAACUGUUACUCAUAAUAAUGGUGGAAACACUAAUACUCACUACUUCUCCAACCCCAGCUAUCACACUCUAACACAAUGCUCAAAUACAGCAAAUGCCAACAACAGGAAUAGGAUGACUCUGUCAAAGUCAAUCAAGAACCAACUAUUUGUGAAUCUUAAAAACAUGGAUCCCCAGAAGCGUGCUCCCAUUAUGGAUUACACAGGGACAUUGCCAGCUGAUUGGAAGCAUGGAGGCUACCACAAUGAAUUAGGAGUUUUUGGAGCUGACAGAAGCUGUUUGGGGAAAUCCUUGAAAGAUCUAAUAAAGAAUUCUGAAUAUAAUUUAAGUAACUGUUCCUUAAGUAGCUCUGAAAAUCCAUAUGCUACUAUUAAAGAUCCACCAGCACUUAUGCCAAAAAAUUCAGAAUGUGGAUAUGUUGAAAUGAAAUCACCAGCACACAGGGAUUCUGCCUAUGCAGAAAUUAAUAACUCUGUUUCGUCUAACAAAAAUGUAUAUGAAGUUGAACCAACAGUUAGUGUUGUCCAAGGCAAUUUAAGUAAUAAUGGACCCAUCAGCCAAGAUCUUUAUGAUUUACCAAAAAACAGCCACAUUCCUUGCCACUAUGACCUGCUGCCUCCUCGGGAUAGCCCUGCAUCUUCUGACAAAGAUGAAAACAGUGAAUAACCCUUGAUGAACAUAAUCAAGUUAUCUUGAAAAGUGGAAUCUGGCUAUUCUUCUUCUGUUUUCCUACCUGCAUUCAGUAAACGUUUGCUGUACAUAAAGGAGGAGAAUCAAACUACAGUUUCUGUAAACUCACUACUGAUGAAUAGACGUCAAGCUUGGAAGGUCAUAUCGGAUUUUCCAUCAAACUUUUAAAAAAGGGCCAAAACAUUUACAUUGUGAUACAUUGGCUCAAUAUCCAAGCUUAUGGAACAAUGCUUGUGAGAACUCUACUGCUUAGAAGAAGAAGCCAUCUUUCACUAUCUCAACUUAUAUAUGUUGACAUACAUUUUUUUUCUUUUUACAACACUGUAAAUUCGGGAUAGGGUUGGGUUAACUGAAUGGAGCUGAAUGUUUAUUGGCUAGAUGCCCUUCCUGAUGGCUAUAUGGAGUUUGCAGUAGAUAUUUUCCCUUUGCGCCUUGAGAGGGAUACAUCUGUUGCUACCUAGGAUUGAAAUCUUAAACUUUUGAGUGGGAGGCAAACAUCUUCACUACUAGGCCCCCACACCGUUCAUAUAUGAUGACAUACAAUCAAGACAGCAUAAUCUGCCAAAUAUUCACUUAGCCAAGUAGCCAGGAUUACUAAUUAUGGGUAGGGGUUGUAAAAAAGAAACUGAUACCAUUUUUGCAAAAUGGCAAAGAUGGCAUAAGGAGAUAUUCAGAGUAUACUCACCACAAUCCUGGACUGAUUGGACAAACCUCCAAGAUAUUUAUCACAUUGCUAGUAAUGGAAAUAUAAUAUAGAACAGGAAUAAUUUUGAAUUGGAGUGAAUCAGUGACGAUUGAAGAUUGAAUGAAUAUGUCUGGAGACCUGUAUCAUGAAAUGGGAUUUGUCAUACCUACUGUUGGCUCAAUAGUGGCUAUUCUAAUUACAAUAUUUGUUAUAUGUGAGUAAUAUAUAACAAAUACAUAUAUCUAUAAGAAUUGCAUAAACAUAGAAGUUUUAUUUUUACCAAAAUGUCUUCAAGGACUGGAUGAAAGAACCCAGAUGUAACAUAUAUACACUCUGAAUGAAAAAAGGUUUCAAUUCAUUAACAAGGAAGAGUAUUCUUCAUCUGAAAUUAAUUGAACCAAUCUUUGUAUACUUGUUGACACUGUACCUUUUUUAUGAUAGGAAAGGAAUAGAAAAAUAUGCUUAAGCUGGACUUUCGCAUUGUUGAAAACUUGGCAUGCUUAGCCCACAUUUAAUUAACUUGUAUUUUAAAAUAAUGUAGCUGUGUUUUCUAGUGGUUUAGAACAUCAAUGGUGAAAUAUUAUAUUUUAUUACCCUGUCAACUCCCCUUAUUUUCAGCUUCAUGAAAUUAUUUGAGUACAUCAAUUUCCCAACAGACCUAAAAGUUGCAAUUUACUAGUGUGUAAACUGUGGUGAUAUUCAGAUUUUUAAAAGACAGGUUUAAUAUUAGGGCAAGGAUUAUUUAUACAAAAAAUAUUAAACUGGAGAGAACUUAUAUGUGAUUAAUUCUUUAAUUAAAAUGUAAUAUCUCUGUUUCAAGGGCAUUUUCUUAUGCUGUAAUAUGCCAAUAGCUAAAUUUUCACAUAAAAGGUAAAAAAUUGGUAAAUAAUCAGCUCUCAAUCUAGAAUUGUUUUGUACAAUGCAGCUAUUCAUUACUAUAUCAUUUUUAGCUCUAAUAGUAACAGAUUAUUCCUUAUAUGUAUAAAGUAUAACUGUUGGACUUCUCAGUUUGCAGUUUCCAAUUUUCUAUUUCUUACCAUUCAGUUCCUAAAAUUGGUAUGUCAUAUGCCUUAGAGCUAUUAAAUUUUUUAAAAUAUCAAUUGCUCGGAUCUAACAUAAUUGAAAGCAGAUAAUGAUAGAGUUAGAAAACAAAAACUUUUCUAGAUAUUCCAGAAGAUAAACCUGGAUUGAAAUGAAAAGGUGUUUUACUUCAAAGGCAUUCUACAUCAAAAGGUGCUGCCAAAACUUGAUUCAGACUUGGUAGGCAAUAUCUUUGUAUACUAAAACACAUAAUAUGCUUAGAAGAUGCAAACCUGAAGGACAAAAGAACAGAGUUUUGCAAUUUAAACAGUUCAAAUAUCUUGCUGAAGGAUAAGGUUGGAAUAGCGUCAGAAAUAGCUCUAUUGGCUUUUGUGUCACAGUAUAAAAAGCUUUUUUUGAACUGGACUUCAGUAUUAAUUUAUCAACAAUUUAAGAGUAAAACAAAUUGGCUUAGUACCUGAAGAGUUACUGAAUUUCAUUUUGUCUCAUAUUAAGAGAGAAUGUAAUGGAAAAUGCCAGUAAAAGAAAAGAUAUAUAGAGUAAAUAAAAUCUGGGUUUAACAGGGUACUCAGCUGUAUGCACGUUGUCUCCAUUGGUGCUGGCCAGGCUCCCUAUUCCAAAAUUUCUGUCUUUCUGUUAAUUGUUAAAAAAUUGUAAAUGUUUAUUUAAAUAAAAGGACACCAGGAGAUAGUCUAAAAUUGUAAAAUCAUUUCUUUCUUUAUCUCUGUUUCAAUUGGCAGGAAUAAUUUUCAUAUAGCUGAAAAGUAGUAAAAUGAGCAGGUUAAAAUAUUGUGGGAUUUCCAAUUUCAGACUGAUAACAUCUUGGUUUAUAACACACUAGAUUUAACUGUGGCUGAAAAGUAGAAAAUGUGCAGUUCAUAAUUCAACUCCUAGGAUAGUUUGUUAUCUUGUUAUCAUAAUUUUAAUAGUUUUCAGUUUGUUAUUAUGUAAAGGCGUAUCUUUUUAUGUUUUAAAGUGAAGAGAAAGUAGUGAUAUGUCAUAGCUGUUUGAAGAACAACCUUUCUAUAAAAUUGACUUCACUUU